AUGGACGGGGACACUGCACGUCUGGCAAUGAGCCCUGGAGAUCACUGCUGGGUCAUACCUAAAGUCUUGCAAGCACACUCACUCGGGAUCGUAUAUCCUGCUCUUUUAGUGAUCUGCAUCGUAGGCCUAGCGCGGCUUAUCAGACGUCGACGGCAAGGGCAGUGCGGACUGCCUAUGAGCGAGAUGGAUUCACGAUCCUUGAGGCAGGAGAAGUAUGAUUGCGAGCAGCAGACGAAGGAACUGCAACAGAGUACGCCCAGUUCAAAUGCUCCGUCGCACAGAAGCUUCCCUUUGCCUUCGGCUUGUGAUAUACUGCAACCCCUGUCACAACUUGCGCCGUUGCCGUCAAGUGGCUAUCUUGCCUCUAUUUUGGGUUGUCAACCGAGUAGAAGCAGAUUGGCAUCUGAAGAGGAUGGCCAGUUGCAACAGUCUUCUGCACUUGCUGGGUCCGAGUCCAGGGCCGUAUCUCAGGGGAACGUCUCCGAUCGCGAUGAAUAUUGCCCAGCGACCUCGGAUAGGAAUGCUGGCUUGGUCGGAUCAUUCACUUCGGCCUGUUCUAAAAUAGAAAAUGAGGAUCAACGCCGGGACGAAGCUUCAACAGUACCUGCCGCACGGUCUGUUGAGUCUCACAGACAGGAAGUCUAUGAGCUUGCAGGCUCCGAAGAACUUCAUCCACCUGAGAGACGAAAUCAAACAGUUCACUUUCCUCAGGUUGUGGAUGCAGAAGGCACCCGUUCCUGGAGGCGGGUGAUCGUGGAAUACAGCUGA